CAGGGGCAUGGAGGAGCGGCGGACUCCGAGCCGCGCCCCGGAGUCCCCGAAACUUCCGAGCAGGUGCUCCACCAAGCCGCUGCAGCCGCCGCUACACCUGCCGGCCUGAGAGCGGGACCAUGGAUGAAAGGUUCAACAAGUGGCUGCUGACGCCCGUGCUCACUCUCCUCUUCGUGGUCAUCAUGUACCAGUACGUGUCCCCUUCCUGCACCAGCUCCUGCAGCAACUUCGGAGAGCAGCCCCGCGCCGGGGACGCCCGUCCGCCAGCCGCCCUGAGUCCCGACCGCCGGGCACAGGCGCUCCCCGAAGAGUGGGAGCGGCGGCCCCAGCUGCCUCCGCCACCUCGGGGGCCGCCCGAGGGGCCUCGGGGGGUCGCGGCUCCCGAGGAGGAGGAUGAGGACCGGGGGGACCCCGAGGAAGAGGAGGAGGAAGAAGAAGAGGAGCCGGACCCCGAGGCGCCCGAAAACGGCUCCCUGCCCCGGUUUGUGCCGCGCUUCAACUUCACCUUGAAGGACCUGACCCGCUUCGUGGAUUUCAACAUCAAAGGGCUAGACGUGAUCGUAUUCCUGCACAUUCAAAAGACCGGCGGCACCACGUUCGGCCGACACCUGGUGAAGAACAUCCGUCUGGAGCAGCCGUGCAGCUGCAAAGCUGGCCAGAAGAAGUGCACCUGCCACCGGCCAGGCAAGAAGGAGACCUGGCUCUUCUCGCGCUUCUCUACUGGCUGGAGCUGCGGACUACACGCCGACUGGACCGAACUCACCAACUGCGUGCCGGCCAUCAUGGAGAAGAAGGAUUGUCCCCACAACCACAGCCACACCAGGAAUUUCUACUACAUCACAAUGUUGAGGGAUCCAGUGUCACGUUACCUGAGUGAAUGGAAGCAUGUCCAGAGAGGAGCCACGUGGAAAACCUCUCUCCAUAUGUGUGAUGGAAGAAGUCCCACCCCUGAUGAGCUGCCGACUUGCUAUCCUGGGGAUGACUGGUCUGGGGUCAGCUUGCGGGAAUUCAUGGAUUGCAGCUACAAUCUAGCCAACAACCGCCAGGUGCGUAUGCUGGCUGACCUCAGCCUGGUAGGCUGCUACAACUUGACUUUCAUGAACGAAAGUGAGAGGAACACCAUCCUGCUGCAGAGUGCUAAGAACAACUUGAAGAACAUGGCUUUCUUUGGGCUCACCGAAUUCCAGAGGAAGACACAGUUUCUCUUUGAGAGGACAUUCAACCUCAAGUUCAUCUCCCCCUUCACGCAGUUCAACAUCACCCGGGCUUCCAAUGUGGAGAUCAAUGAGGGAGCCCGCCAGCGUAUUGAGGAGUUGAACUUCCUGGACAUGCAGCUUUAUGAAUAUGCUAAAGAUCUCUUCCAGCAGCGCUACCAUCACACCAAACAACUAGAGCAUGAGAGGGACCGCCAAAAGCGGCGUGAGGAGCGGAGGCUGCAGCGGGAGCACAAGGCCCAUCGGUGGCCCAAAGAGGAUGGGGCCGCAGAGGGGACUGUCACUGAAGACUACAACAGCCAAGUGGUGAGAUGGUGACCCGCUGCCCACUCCUCUUUGAUGAGGGGCUAAUGAGCAGGCGUCUUGACCUUCUGACCUCUUGGAGAAGUUGGGCCAUGCUGAGGACCUCUGGCUGUGUGGCUUGAUUUGGACAUCUGCUUCCUCUUUGUCUUCAU